GUACGUUGUUGUCGUGAGGAGAAGGCAGCUAUGGCGGCGAAAAUAGAGCAAGAAAUGAGUACAUUGAAGGCUGAAGAGGAUGAGGCUGCAGCGCUGCAUUUAAAGCACGAAGUACAACGCCGAGAGCAGAUAAAAUCCAAAGUAAGUGUACUACUCUUUGCCUAG